UGCAGCUCGGGCUCCGGCGCAGCUCGUGUGGCGCACGCGGCUCAUCCCCUCCCGGCCGCCGGGGAGCGCGUCUCUGAAAGCCCGAUUACAGCGCACAGGAGACCGGAGGGGGCUCCAGGCCGAGCAGCAUGUCAGGCCCCGGGCUGGAGGGGGAGAAGCGGGCGGCGGACAGCGGGCUGCUUGUGGAGUUGCUGGGAGAGAAGCUGGUGACGGCCGAGAGGGAGGAAGUGGAUGUGCAGUCCCUGGGCUCCCGGGUCUCCUUGGUGGGGCUUCUGUUCGCCUGCGGGCUGAGCGCUCCCUGUCAGCAGGAGCUGCCCGGCCUCAGCGAAUUCUACCGCAAGACCAGGGACCGCCUUGAGAUCGUCUUCAUCUCCUCGGACCCGGACCAGAAGAAGUGGCAGCUCUUCCUCAAGGAUAUGCCAUGGCUGGCACUGCCCUACCAGGAGAAGCACAAGAAGCUGAAGCUGUGGAAUAAAUACCGCAUUUCCAACAUUCCAUCACUGAUCUUUAUUGAGGCUUCCACAGGGAAGACUGUAUGCAGGAAUGGUCUCCUGUUAAUAAAAGAUGACCCAGAAGGUAUGGAGUUCCCAUGGGGUCCAAAACCUUUCUGUGAAGUUAUUGCAGGACCUUUGCUCCGGAACAAUGGCCAGACACAAGACAGCAGUACCUUGGAAGGAUCAUAUGUUGGCAUCUAUUUUUCUGCACACUGGUGUCCUCCGUGCCGCAGUCUGACCAGGGUUUUGAUAGAAACCUAUCGGAAGAUCAAGGAGUCUGGGCAAAAGUUUGAAAUUGUAUUAGUGAGUGCUGACAGGUCUGAAGAAUCUUUUAAACAGUAUUUCAGUGAGAUGCCGUGGCUGGCUGUACCCUACAGUGAUGAGGCAAGGAGGUCAAGACUUAACCGACUGUAUGGAAUACAAGGUAUCCCAAACCUCAUCAUCUUGGACCCCAAGGGAGAGGUCAUCACACGACAAGGAAGAGUGGAAGUAUUGCAUGAUGUUGAUUGCAAAGAGUUUCCUUGGCACCCAAAGCCUGUUGUGGAGCUCACGGACCUAAAUGCUGUGCAGCUGAAUGAAGGCCCAUGCCUUGUCCUGUUUGUAGAUUCUGAAGAUGAUGGUGAGUCAGAAGCAGCAAAACAGCUUAUCCAACCCAUAGCGGAGAAAAUUAUAGCACAAUAUAAAGCCAAAGAAGAGGAAUCACCACUACUGUUCUUUGUUGCAGGAGAGGACGAUAUGACAGACUACCUGAGGGACUUCACCAACCUCCCUGAAGCAGCUCCUCUCCUGACAAUAUUGGACAUGUCUGCCAGGGCAAAGUAUGUGAUGGAUGUGGAAGAAAUAACUCCAGAAAUUGUGGACAGCUUUGUGAGCGACUUCCUAGCAGAAAAACUUAAGCCAGAGCCUAUCUAAGAAGAUACUGCUACGAUAUUCAUAUCAUGCAAAAAAAGAAAUCGUUAUUUAAAACCACCAUUGCUUCUUUUCCUCUUGCCACACAUAAUGGAUUUUUUAAUAGUUUCACAGUUUGGAACGCCUUGUCAUGGUGCCUUUUGUGUGUGUUUUGUUUUUUUUUGUUUUUAAAGACUACAGACCUUUCCUAUGGACCCACAUCUCUUGCCAGAAGCUGAUUUCACGAUCAAUCCCAGGGCAAGACUUGUACAUGUACUCUUUUCAAACUGGUAGACCUGAACACCCAGACCCAACGAGCUUUCCUACUAAUAAACUACCCAUUUCAGGUUUUGAUAUUCUGCUCUGUUUGGCAGCCUCAGGAGUGAGAAUGUGUUUGUUACACUUUGCAGUAAAUACAUUUUUCUAGGCUAUGUUUUAUUGAGCUUCAGCCACUGACCGUUGUAUCAAAGAAAAGAAAUCCCACUAGCUACAUAGCAUAUAUAAAACAAGUACACGGUGGUUUUGGCCAUAGUGACUGCUAUAUCCAAGUGCUACUUGUGGUAAUGCGUACAUAAAUUAUUCUUUUGUUACGUAUCUAUGCUUUCGCACAUUUAGUACAGGGUUACAUGAACAUCACAAACCUAUGUCUUGUCGUCAUAUUUCCUGUAACAUAGAGCAUAGUCACUGUGCUGAAAAAUAAUGUAUUUGCUAUGAAGGACUAUGAAUGUAUAUUUGCAGGGUUCAUUAAAAAUUAGUCACCAUUCAGAAUUUUCAUAUAA